CAAGGUGUGCAAGUAUCUGUGGAGCUGUCGGGAUGCAGCACAGCGGAGCGGCUGGAAGCCGUGGCUGCGCUCUCUUUUCACUGCUGGGCGCUCUAUUCUUCCAGGGUGUUUACAUAGUCCUUCCCUUGGAGAUUAAAACAGAUGCCCAUGUUCGAGGUUAUGUGGGAGAAGAAAUCAAGUUGAAAUGCACUUUCACGUCAACUUCAGAUGUCACCGACAAACUCACCAUAGACUGGACGUAUCGGUCCGCCAGCAGCAGCCGCGUAGAAUCAAUUUUUCAUUACCAGUCUUUCACAUACCCAGCCACAUCAGGCAGAUUUCAGGAUCGCAUUUCCUGGGUUGGAAAUGUAUACAAAGGGGAUGCGUCCAUUAGCAUAAGCAACCCUACCGUGAAGGACAAUGGGACAUUCAGCUGUGCUGUUAAGAAUCCCCCGGACGUACAUCAUAACAUUCCCACGACAGAGCUAACAGUCACAGAAAGGGGUUUUGGCACCAUGCUGUCCUCCGUGGCCCUUCUUUCCAUUCUGGUCUUCAUUCCCUCAGCUGUGGUGGUUGUUCUGCUACUGGUAAGGAUGGGGAGGAAGUCUGCAGGGCUGAAGAAGAGGAGCAAGUCUGGCUAUAAGAAGUCAUCUAUUGAGGUUUCUGAUGACACUGACCAAGAGGAAGGAGACAACUGCAUGGGGAGGCUUUGCAUGCGUUGUGCUGAAUGCCUGGAUUCAGACUAUGAAGACACAUAUUAAUGCAAGUCUGCAUGAUUUAAGAAGAGUCACCCAUCUGAUAAUAGAAAACAACUCGUUCCACCGGCCGCUAAAGCCUCUGGGAUGAGUGGAGCUGGCCUGGGCAAGCAGUGAUGGAGAAUUCUGAAAGUCAUCAGUAAAGACUUUAGGAACCAUUUAUUUAUUGAAGAAAUGUUCUUUUUGUAUUUAUAAACUGUUCAAAAACUCUCAGAAAAGACUCCUAACUACCCUUUUAAUAAGUUAUACUUUAAUUGAAGAAGGAAUUCUUUUCCCAAACAGAAAGAUAAUUUUGUUUUGCCUUUGCUCUUCGAUGUAUUACAUGUGAUCUUCUAAUUAUUUGAAGGAGAAUUCUAAACAUUUGCCACUGCUGGUGCCAAAAUAGAUUUUUUUUUUUUUAAAUGAAAUGGAGCUUGUAGCUUCCUGAUAUGCUACCAGACAGAAUGUUUGCUUGGGAUAAGUAUUCCUUGUUUUGUGCUCCGUGGACAUUUUCAGCCAUGACUUAGCAUACAGCAUAGACUCAUUGGUUUAAUGAUCUCAUCACCAUUUGUCUUUGGGUAAUCUGAAUUGUAUAACCCUAAUUUCCUUAGAGUUGGUAGGAUCAGGAGGCAAUGGUUUGCUCUGACUGUGUUUGAAAAUAUUAAAUGAAGUAUCAUCAAUUUAGAAUCAACGAAAGAAGUGGUGAGGUAGAGGAAUUCCUUUCUUUUGUCUUGCUAUGUGCCAUUUGGGCCAAGGGGCCAUUGUUAUUUUCCUUUCUUACAGCUGACCGCUUUAUGGUUUUCUUCUUGACUUUUUAGGUCAGAGGGAAAAAACAAAAACAGAAAACAAACCCUUCAAGAGGUUUUCAGUGAGGACUUAGAGACUGUCUUAGCAGUUAUUUAUAAUUAAAUCAUCUUUUAGUAUGUGCUAUUUUUCAAAGCUUCUUUGAUAUCUAAAGUACACCAAAUAUGCGUACUGUGGUAUUUACAGGCUGCCUUUGUUUAGAGAUGAGGAAGUGAGGUUGUGCAUAACCUAUAUUUCUUCCUUUUGUGCUUUCAGUACUUUAUGACAGCUUCCUCCAUUCUCUGAUGGCAACUUUUUUUAAGUUUUAAUUUGUGUGGGAUUUUCUAGAAACCAUUAAGAAAUGUGUCUGAGCUGUCAGGAAGGAUUGGCAGUGUAUAGUUAAGUAGUCCUCUGUGAUGUAGGGAUAAAAAUCCUCUGUGAUAGAAGAGUUCACUUCUCAAUUAUGACAGACAACAAUGACCCCCUCCUCCCAUUUUUGUUUUUUUAAAAGGAUGGCCCUUUUCCAUUGUUCUCCACUAAGUAGUUCUGGAGCUUUCCAUAUAGCAUUAUGUACUGUAUAUGUUACCGAAAAAUCACCUUUCUUUUAUAUUUUUUGCCAAGAUCUAUUUUUUAAAAAUCUACUUUUGUUAGGUCUGUCUCAUAGAUUUGGCUUAGCCUCUUUUGUUAACCUAGUGCACAGAUUAUUAGACAUUGGUAUUUACCUCUGGUCACGGAAGGAAGUCAGAAGAGGCAAAGGCAGGGUUGGUAUUGGCAGUUUACGUUUUCAGUGGUUAAACCUCACGGGUCUUUGGGCCACUCGUGGUUGUCUAGGGCCUACCUGGUGAGACCAUUUCCGACACCGCGACAGAGAGAGGAAAACAAUUUGAGCAACGGGAACAAAUAAUUAGAGCUCCAGAAGAUUUGAAGAUAGAUACCUGAUUGUGAGGGGGCUUUCUGAGGGUCCUCUUUUCUCUAAGAAAGAGAUGAUGUUACAGGAAUGCAGUUAAAACUAUACCGCAUUAAAUGAGGAACCAAUUUUGACUGGGUCUUCUUGUUGUGUCCUUACAGGCAUGUUGUGGGGAUUUUAAUCCAGUAGGGUACAUUUGUUGUUUUAGGUAAAUGGUGCUGUGUGAAUACUCACCCAGUCGUGUUAUUUUAUAUCCGUCACCAUGAUUUGGACCAGUCCCUUCCUUUGUAAAGGACUGAACAAUAGAGUCCUUCAUGGCAAGGGAGUCAGUUGAUAAUUUAGUCUGCUUCAUGCCCCUGUAGUCACAUCCCAGUCAUGAGGCUGCUAUCAACUACCUUCUCCAUCCCUUAUAUCCUUAUAUUGAGGUCUGAUUAUAGCUUUUUUCUUCAAGGGAGCACAAAGCAGUGCUUGGAUACCUACUUUGUUUAAGAAUGGAAGGAAGAUAAAGGUUUAGUUUUUUCUUUUUAACCUACUCUUUUAAUAUCUUCUAAGGUGCUAUUCUCUCUCUUUCAUUUCUUUUUAUUUUUGCUGCUUCCUGAGUUCUUGUCACACCAUAAUGAGACUAGCCUUUUCUAGAAAGGAAAUUUAAUUCUGAAAGCUUCAUAAGGGGUUAAAAGUCUUUCAGAGGUUUUCUUUGGCUGCUGAAGUCUUUACUUGUGGUCACACUACCUUAUGAGUUUUGUGUAUUAAGAUCUUAAGUAUGUUACAAAAUGUGAACUUAUAAAGUACUUUGUGUUUCCCAUGUGACCUGUUAACCUCAG